AUGACUUUUUCAUUCACUAGGACCAUUCUCAUCUUUUCCGGUAUAUUUACAUUUCUUGUGGGUGCCUAUCCCACAUAUUCCGCAAGCACCUUGGCCGCAAAUAGCUUCACGCCAUCCACUUUUCCGGGAAUGUCCCCCCUGUUCGGUACUCAAAUGUACGAUGGAUUGGGCACACAAUGGGCACCGUGUCUACUUGGAUUCCUCACUUUAGCAAUGUUGCCUUUCCCGUAUGGAGAGCACAACCUGAAGAGAAGCCGUUUCUCGGGAUAA